AUGGAGCCAAUAGAGAUACUGUCUACAGGGAAUAGCAGUAAUGCCUCUGAGGCUUGCCAGGGGUCGCAGCAACAUGUUGCCAUCGCUGUCGUCAUGUGUCUGGUCUACUUUGUGGGCUUCAUCCUCAACAUCUUCAGCCUGUGGGUGUUCUGCUGCCGGUUUCCCAGCUGGACCUCUGGAACCACCCUGCAGUUCAACCUGGCCUUAAGCGACGCCAUCGCCACGCCCGUCACGCCCAUGAUGGCGGCGUACUUUGGCCUGGGCCACGACUGGCCCUUCGGCUGGUUCCUGUGUCAGGUCAAAAUCGCCCUGCUGAGCUCGCAUUUCUACGGCAGCACCGUGUUCCUCACGCUCAUCAGCGUCCACCGGUACACGGCCGUGGUGCACUACAACAAAAGGUCCCGCAUCAAACGGAAAGGCUUUGUGAAAAAACUGUGCGCGGGAGUUUGGUCUCUGUUGCUGAUCCAGGCUCUAGUCCUCGGAGUGCUGCUUCCUCCCAACAAAGAGGGCAACAGCAGUCAAUGCCUCUCCAUCCGUCAGAAGAACUUGACAGACACCUACUUUGUCAUCAACUUCAUUCUGUUUGUCUUUGGAUUUGCACUUCCUUUCCUCGUGUCCACGGUGUGCUACAGCCGCUUGGCUAGUUCAUUGACUCGCCUCAACACCAGCACGGCCAAAGGCCUGAAAGUCCGGAUGAAGUCUCAGCGGAUGAUAGGCGUGUGCCUGGUGAUCUUCGGCCUUUGCUUCUUACCGAUGAACGUGGUGCGAACGGUAGGGGUGUCCCUCAAAAAGUUCUACCCGGAACGAUGGUGCGCUCUCCUGCAGAUUGAGACGGCAUACUACGCCACUUUCAUUUUGGCCGGGCUGAACAGCUGUCUGGAUCCUCUGCUGUACUGUUUUGGGUCGCAGAAAUUUAAAGACGCGUUCGGGUCUCUGAGGGUGAGACAAGAGGAUGCUCCAAACAGAAGUGAAUCGGAAAUGACCCCAAAUACAUUGUAA